CAUUCCAUUUGUCGUAAAUCUACCUCCUUCUCUCCCUCCAAAAGCCUCUUCUUCCUCUCCUCCCUCACCUCUCCUCGCACUAUGCGUAUUCAUUAAAUGUUAGGCACGAGAGGAGAAGACCAAAAGGACUCGAUAGGUCUCCAUUGUCAUUUUGGUACCCAUGGAUAAGGAGAAGGAAACUAGUGCCCAGAGCGGACAUAACACUGACGAUGAGGACAAGAUCUCUCGCAAGCUAAGCUCUACCUCGAUUGUCUCCGAGGAUGAUUGCGGCGGCGAUGAUGAUGAUGAGAAGCGAGCUAUUUUGCUCGGCCCGCAAAUUGGGCUCAAGGAACAAUUGGAGAUGGAUAAGGACGACGAGAGCUUGAGGAAGUGGAAGGAGCAACUCCUUGGAAGUGUAGAUCUUAAUGAUGUUGGGGAGAUACUUGAGCCAAAUGUGGAGUUUCAGGAGCUGACCAUAUUGAGCCCCGAUCGCGACGAUCUAGUUUUGCCAAUUCCCUUUGCGCCUGAUUCAAAGGGCUUCGCAUUCGCACUCAAGGAUGGUUGUCGAUAUCGUCUCAAAUUUUCCUUCACUGUCACUAAUAACAUUGUUUCUGGUCUUAGAUACACCAACACUGUUUGGAAAACCGGAGUAAAAGUCGAGAAUAAUAAAGUGAUGCUGGGAACAUUUAGUCCACAAAAGGAGCCUUACACAUAUGAACUAGAAGAAGAGACGACUCCUGCUGGUUACUUUGCAAGGGGAUCUUACAGUGCGAAAACGAAGUUUGUGGAUGAUGAUGGCAAGUGCUACUUGGAUAUGAACUACUACUUCGAGAUUCGAAAGGACUGGCCAAAUUAA